CUUGAGAACCGAGAAUAAUCUCUCAGUUCGUCUGUCUACAUUUUGACGGUAACAUAACUCGUUUCAUAUUUGAAUCUAGGAGAAACGCACACAAAAGAAAGGUAAUAUCCAAAGAUUUUAAUAAAUUGCUCAAAUAUCAAAUAUAUUUGCAAUGUUGUAGGCCUAGUAGGUCUGAACGUGCAUUAGGGUAUAUCAUAUGUUGCUCUUAUCCAGGUAAUGGGUUGGCCUAUAUUUUGCGAGCCACAACAUCAUUACUUGAAUUACCAGCAAUGCAAAUCAACACAGUUAACUUUUUUUUUAUUAAACAUGGAGUGAAUUACACAGACUAAUUGCUUUAUUCUUUGUUGAAAUCUUUGUGCACAGUAUGUAUGGAAGCUUACAUGCAAUUAUUCAGGCCUGCCUAACGUAGUCUUGUUAUUUACAUUUAAACUACAUUCAAAAGUUUGGGGUCACUUAGAAAUGUCCUUGUUUUCGAAAGAAAAUCAAUUUUUUUUGUCCAUUAAAAGAACAUAAAAUUGAUCAGAAAUACAGUGUAGACAUUGUUAAUGUUGUAAAUGGCUACUGUAGCUGGAAACGGCUGAUUUUUAAUGGAAUAUCUACAUAGGCGUACAGAGGCCCAAUAUCAGCAACCAUUAGUCCUGUGUUCCAAUGGCACGUUGUGUUUGCUAAUCCAAGUUUAUCAUUUUAAAAGGCUAAUUGAUCAUUAGAAAACCAUUUUGCAAUUAUGUUAGCACAGCUGAAAACUAUUGUGCUGAUUAAAGAAGCAAUACAACUGGCCUUCUUGAGACUAGUUGAGUAUCUGGAGCAUCAGCAAUUGUGGGUUCGAUUACAGGAUCAAAAUGGCUCUAACCAGAAUAGAAAGAAUAGAACAUUAACAAUGUAUACAAUGUAUUUCUGAUCAAUGUUAUGUUAUUUUAAUGGACAAAAAAAUGAUUUUCUUUCGAAAACAAGGACAUUUCUAAGUGACCCCAAACUUUUGAACGGUAGUGUAUGUGUCAGAAUAAUUGUUAAUAUUAUAUUGAAAUGACUGAAACCUGAGUGUUUCAAUACUGAAAAUAAUAUACGCCUUCUGAGCUGCUAUUAUAACUGUAUACUCAACUUUUUGUAUACUUCAAAAAUGUUGAAUUGAUUAGGUUGCGAUUAGUGAUUUUAAUUUCAACAUUUGGCAACACAUUGUUGACUGUGGAUGCCCUUGGGCUUCCCUAUUGUUACAGAUAAAGAACAAGGAUGGCGAAGGAGGGUGGAACGGUCAGAGUGUGUGGGUUACCUCAGGAUAUAAUUCAAAACAGACUGAUCGACAAGCUCUACAUUCAUUUCCUGCGGAAGAGGAAUGGAGGAGGGGACAUUUUAUCUGUCACAGUCUCCAAGACAACGCCUGGCUGUACCUUCAUUACCUUUGAGGACAGUGAAGGUUAGAGGUCGAUCGGUGGGCUUGGGAAAAAAUUAAGGAAGUAGAUAGUAUGAUAAGUAAAACAUAGAGAACCUUAAGAAGCAAAGUACUGAAGAUUACAUCAAUGAGCAAGAUGUUUUGUGUGAAUACUACACCUAUCUGAUUUAGGCCUAUCUGAUUUAGCAGAUUGAUGGGUGUGACAUGCAAUUAUCUUGAUAAGGCACAUCCUAUAGAGCACAUCCUAUAAUGCAUAUUCAGGUAGCCUACAGUGUGUCCUUGAGGAGUUAAUGCGAACGUAAUAUUUUUUGUCUUUUUUCAAUUCUACAUGACACGCAGUUGCUCGGAGAGUGGUUGAACAUCAGAAGCACAUAUUAUCAGUGAAUGACAAGCAAUAUGAGCUAAGUGUGAGUUUGCACAGCAAAGAAAUGGACCCAGAUGAGGUAAGGCAAGCAUGUAAAUCAUCUAAACAGCCCAUCUCCUCUCUCGUUUUAGUCUAAUCCUAGUCUCACUCUUCUUAAUUCAAUCUUUCAGCUCUUUGUGGACACAGCUGUGACAGUGGACUACAGCAAAUUGUCUGGGGGGAAAACAUCAAUAUCUAACAUCCUCAAAAACUUCUGCGACAUAAAAUGCACCUUUCACGUUCAGGCUGACCUCUGCACUUUCAAAGGUCGCUACUCAGAAGUCAAAAUCCUGACCAAGUGUCUGCUGGGACUUUUCGAAUCACAGACCUCAGAAGAUGUCCAUUCCCUUAAAGAUGAGGCCACCAAGGGUGACAAAAGAUACAACUCUACUCAAGGACAGACAGAAAGACAGCAGGACACUGAGACCUCAGGACAGGCCAAUGGACUGGAUCUAGGGGAAGGUUCCAGUAGAGCCACUGAGAGGAAUCAUGCCCUUCUUCAAGAAUGUCACACCAAUGAUAGAAAGGGGGCGGAGGCAUUGUACACAUCAUACACCAAUCAUAGAGAGGAGGCGGGGGCAUUGCACACAUCUUACACCAAUGACAUAGAGGAUGCAGCUGCAUUAGAGAAGGGAGCCUCAAUGGAGGACUUCUCAAUGGUCAUAGACUCAGACAUCUUCCGAUACCUCCGAAAGCACUGCUCGGCUGAGCACCAGAACAUACUCAACAGGCAUGGUGUAGAGGUACUGGAUGUCACCACCAGGGAUAUCACCACCCUCUAUCUGCAGCUUAAGGCUGGGGCCACUGGACGAGGGGUGGAGCGUCUAAGGCUUGCGCAUGGGGAGCUGGGCUGGCUGUACCAAGACAAAGAGGCCCAACUUCGCAAGGAGCAGUUGGCCAAGGAAAGCUUCCCCAGGUUGGGGCUCCAGCAGGCUUGUAAAGCCUUAACACAGAGGUUCACAAAGCUGCUGAUCAACGAAGACAAGUCCAAUGUCUAUCUGGUGGGCAGUGGAAGUGACGUGUCGGAGGCCAAGCAGUUCCUAUUGGAAAUGCAAGGGACAGCAAAGGAGCAGGGUCAAGAGUUAUUUCACACCUCAGGAGAUGCGUCUCUAUCCUUUCUGCCUGACACCAAGCUUAGAAAAGGAAGGGCUGUGGGGAGCAAAGAAUUCAAAAUGGCGGCCACAUUUGGGAGAACUAUGGGUUCUGAGAAACGUAAAGAUGAUGAGAUUUGGUCCAGUUUGAGUGACGUAAAGGCUCCUGAGGAUCAUCAGACAAAUAGUUUCUCGUCCACAAAACACAUUAGAAUUAAUGACCAGAAAUUAGGUAGUGGACCAAUUUCAGGGAUUACGAAUCAGAAGGUAGAAAUUUCAAGUUCCGGUCAUAGGGAUCUCCAGGAAGAUACCCUCUUCAAGAGGUAUGAACCAUCGUCCACUGCUUCCUUGUCAGGUAAACCCCUUCUGAACUUGGCACAGAACAAUGUAACCAGACCCACCAAAGCAGCAAACUUUAGUGAAUCCCAGGGCUACUCAUUGGACCAUAUGGAUCUGUCUGUGGAUAUGGCAGUUCCAACUGGCUCAGUCAAACAAUCUCUGAGACGGUCCAACAGUUUCUCAGGGCAGGUCAGGACCAAACAAGUCGGAAAGGACAGCAGCUCAGCUGUAGACCUGUUUGGAAAGACCAAAGGAGGCGAAACUACAAGUCUUAAAUUUGACAAUCGCCCAGAGACUAGGCAAGUCUUCAGUGUAGAGCUGGUGGUGGCCUUAACUCAAUGGUUAUACACAAAGGAUGUUUUCCACAGACUGCUAGAGGAAGUAACCUCCGAUCUGCAGAUGAAGGAGAAAAAAACAUUAAACGAGGUUGUCCUCCAUCUGAGAGGGAAAGAUCCAGCCAAAGUCAGGAUGUGUCAGCAGGUGCUGGAAGAGCUGAUGGCCAAGGUAGCCGAGGACUUCUCCACCCAUGAGCUGUUGCUAACACAGCUGGGUGUGUCAGACUCGAAGAAUGAGACAGUUGAGGUGUUAUGCACCACUGUGAGAGAGACAUGGGAGAAAGUGAAAAUCAUUCCAAUGACAAAGACAAAGAGCAUUUUAAUAUUUGGUCCAAAACUGGAUUGUAUGGAUGCGAUGUCAUUUCUAAAAGAGAUGUUUCACUUAGGGACAGAGAGGGAACAGACCAUGGAAGAGAGACCCAUUAAUCUUAAGAAACCAUCUUCUGAUUCUCCAUCCAACCCUGACAUAAACACUUCAGCAGAACAUCUGAGCUCUGCCAGUAGUGACAAACAAGACCAGGAGACCACCUCUGCAACCAACAUUGCUUCUUCAGGGAGCUUGGAGGGAGUGAGCCAAUCAGAUGUGAAGAAAGCGCCUGUUUUGAAGCUUCGGUUGGGAGCAGCUGGUCCGGUAGAUGAAAAGAGUUUCAGGACAAUCAGUGCCCCCUAUAAAGCAGAGGGGCCAGUAAGAGUUAGAGAAGGAAAUUAUGGAAAUGAUGGUACAACACCAUUACCAGAGCACAGUGGUCAGAGGUUGACAGGGCCAAAGCCUGAGGAAAGCCAGAUACCUAGCAGUAGGGGACUGCAGACCCAAAAGGACCAUAUCGAAGGAAAUGCCGGUUUGUCCUGUAAAUGUGGAACCGCAGGGGCAUCUGUAUCUUGGACGGCUUGUGGAAUAGCCAUGUGCCCAUCAUGCCUGGAGCAAGUUCAUACCCUCUGCGUGGAAUGUACCAAAUCUCAUGAAGUGGAUCCACAAAGCGCCACUGCCAAAGAUUACGGGGAAAGCCGGUCCAAUGAGAAACAAGAUGUGAAACACACCGAGGUGAAGGCCAGUCCAUCUUGUGUAUGUGGAACCACAGGGGAAUUUGUGUCUAUGACUACUUGUGGUGGGGCCUUGUGCCAAAAGCACAUCCAUCCAAACUGUCCCAAAUCUAAGGAGAGUGUCGUGGGCAUCCGAGGGACCAUGACCUGCAGUGAGAUGUCCAUCAGUCUGGUUGGGUACACCAAGGAUACAACACUGAAAAUAACCUACAACAUUCCUGAUGGCAUCCAAGGGGUAAGGUCUAACCUUUGAGAAUUGGGAAUUGUUUAAAGGGAUUGGAAAUGACAGUGAGUUUGGUUAGGCUUCACUUUUAUAUCACAUAUAUUUAUUACUGCACCAGUGUUUCAUAUUACAAUAGCUCUUGAUUUGAAGCCACCUGGUAUAUAGCCACAUGUGAUCAACACUGAGAUCAUCAAUCGACAGGCAUUAUGAAAUCCUUAUGACAGUCUUACAAAGUCUUUAUGUCUAGGGUCUGUCGAUGAGGUCUUACCUAUAGAUGUCUGUUGCCUCCUCAUGAUCUACAUACCACCCCUGUGCAGAAAGACCAUCCAAACCCUGGGGGGCCUUUCCAAGGGGGCAUAUUCCAUGCCUUCCUGCCUCUGAAUGAAACAACUCUCAGGCUUCUGCCAUCCCUGAAACGUGCCUUUCAUCGAGGCCAAACCUUCAAUGUGAGAGUAGGGGACACUUUGGAUUGGGUGACCUGGGGUAGCAUCCCACACAAGACUAGCAUCGAUGGAGGGAUUUCCAGGUGAGGUUUUUGUCCAAUGUACAGUCUGAAAACUAUGACAUCGAAAUAUUAAACCAAUUUUAACAGUGAUACUGUAGUGACAGUGCUAUAAUCCGAGAUUCUUACCCUGGUAAACCUAAAAGUUGAGUUGAAAUAGGUUUAGUAGAUUGUAGUCCUAAAUAAGUCUCCCCUCUUUCUCUAUAUCCUUACAGGAAUGGAUACCCAGACUCAAGAUAUCUCAAAUGCUUAGCUGAGGCACUGAAGUCUCAGGGUAUCGAGGAGGGCUGACAAACUGCAAAGGAUCAAGACAUGAGAAAAACUAAAACUUUCCGAACAGUGCUUUAAAAAUGUAAUAAUUAAAGUAGACACUAAAGUUAUACAAAAAAAAAGUACGGUUCACAAUACAUAUUAUUCAAUGAAAAAUAGUCACAAUCAGGAAAUGUUCAUGAUAAUACCCAUGUAAUAAAGUGAAGACCCAUAUGUUCAACACAUACUGUAUAUUGGUUGAAUCAAAUUAUUAAAAUACAG